GCCCAUAGUUUACUCAUAGUGUGUUGUGAGCAUGGUUGUGAGAAGGAACGAAGAUGAGUUUCAAGUUGGUCUAGUCUCUGGGGAAUGAAAGGAGUUACUUUUCCUACAGAGCUUCAGUAUCGUGUCGUUGUGCAUGCUAAUGCCAAGGGGAGGCAUUUUUCUGCAGCAGUGCAUUCUCUAGGACAACACUCAAAGUGUGACACUUGUUCCUCACACAAUGGAGGAAGGUGAAGAUUUCUCCCUUUGUGGUAAAGCGGCCGUAACUGAAGCUAAUCUGAGAGAUGAGUACUAUUGGAAGCUUGUUGCAGACUUCAUUGGUCCUCAGUCGGGAGAAGGAUUAGAGCUAGAAAAGGCACCAAGCAAGAACAGACUUUUGAUUCAAGUAGGACUUUUGAGAGAGGACAAUAAUUUUCCGUGGAUUGCCAUUGUAGAUUGGCUCAAGAAAAUUUUUCCCAGUCAUCAGUCAGCUGACUUUCGUCGUUUGGUUGAAAGAGGCAUCGCAACAACACUGAGUCUGGGAAGCGACGCAAGGCUGACCUUCCUGGAAUCAGACGUCAACUUUAACUUUGUUGGCCCAAUAUGUGAUAGCAUUGGAGUUGAACGACACCAUCUUUUGGAAAUGAGGGAUUUUUCAGAGCGAGCACAGUCAAUUGAAGUCACGAAUGGAUUGAUUUUCGAGUUGAGUAACUUUGUCACCAGGGAGAAAAUUGCACCAGUCGUUUUAGUUACUUGGCUUAGAAACUUCAACCCUGAGUUUUGUAAGAAUGGGGAUAUUCAAAAGGCAUAUAAAGUCCUUAGAGCCAAGAUAAAAAAGUUAAAAUUGCAUUACCGCAAUUAUGAAACAAGAAGUCACAGGAGGAAUGCAGUGAUGGAAAAUCUGCUUCAAAGUCCAUUUGAACUGGUGCGGAAAAGAACACCUAAAUUUAUUGUGAAGAAACGCAUGAAAAGAGACGACACUGUAAAUUAUGAAAAAGUUACAAUCAAGGAGGAAUACGAGAGCUAUGAAAUCAUGCAAGGCGAGGAGUCUGAGAUGAACAGAGGGGUUGUAAAGAAAGUAAUACUAAAAGAACAUGUCUCUGUAUGUGGUGAAAGUGAUGAGGAUUUGGAUGUAUCCAACAGCGGAGAAGAUACCUCAGAUAAAAAAGGAGAGGCCUUGACCCUGCUUGACAUUGCAAUGCUGUCUGUCCAAAAGCUGUCAAGUGUAUACGGUGGGAAAACCACAGCAUGCAAGCAAGUUUCCUUAGAUCUCCUAAGAAAUCAGUAUACUCUAACAUGCAAGGAGCAUCCAGCCAUGGCAGAGUUUGAGAAAAAACUUGACUCACUCUGUGAAGACAUUUCACUUGCAUCUCCUGUGGUGUUUUUAAACUACAACGCCAAUUUCCUUGUUGACCUGCACGAUGCUAUUGAGCAGCAGAUUAUGAGCUUUGAAAAGGAGAUCAUUGUAUCAACGGGAGAGAAACUUGGCCGCGACAAGCUUCCAAAAUUCAAGAACUUUGUGAAUUUGUCAGAAAGCGCCACUUCACGCUACAUUCACAUGGCUUGUGAUAUUUUAAGCCCUCGCACCCCUGAUACGCAAAACUACAGAAAACACUGGGUAGCUUUCUGUGAGGAAAAGAAAAAUCCCUCCAGACUUGCAGUAAAUGAGUCAAACCGAUUCAACAACUACUUUGAAGCUGCAGCGGGUCUUAUUCACCAUCACAAAGAGAUCGCUCUCUUCUUCUCUGAUUUGCUGUCACUUGACAACGACAAAUGCCCAAACAUUAUUCUAGAGAGUGUUGCCUCUGAUGCUAAUGAUUCUGUGAUUCAGAGCCUUGUGUGCGUUCUGGCCAUCGUUUACUGCAAAAUCCUCGGCCCUUACUGGCAGCUUCUAAAAAGUGGAGGAGAGUACUCGCUCUUCGGCCAGUACAUACUCUGUCUUUACCAAAAGUUCCUUGAUUGGUCCAAAGAUCCUUCAACACUGCUGGAACCUGAAGGGGCCACAAAUGUUUUUCUGCAGUUCCCACUGCAGGAGAAAACCUUUGAUGGAGUGUUUCAUUACUGUGGUCACUGGCACACAAAUAGGGACCUAAUCAGAGCUUGCUUGAAGAGAAUGGUAAAGGUGAUUGCUGCUGUCACUGAGGAACACCUGAAGGAUUUCCUGCCAGGAGGAACAUUUUCUCAGGUCCCUUCACCAGAUUUGAGCUUACAACUGGUAAGUUGCACAUUCUCCGUCUUGAUGGCGGAAUAUCCCUUCGGCCAUGCAUACCCUUACAAGAAGACAAGACCUGACAGGUCCUCCAAACGCUCCUCACACAAGAACCUGUCAUCGGAUAGCUCUGAGGAAGAUGAUGACCGAUCUGGUUCAUCUGACAGCAGCUCCGAUGAAUCUUCUGGUUGGCAAGCUAAAACGAAUACCCACGUUGGCCAAAAAGAUGACUACAGCCCGCAGUCGAAGAAAGGUUACAGAAGUAAAGGCGAAAAGGCAGGAAGGGUGCAUCAAGAAGAGCGUGAGGAGAACAUGGAUAGGGAUUACAUAAUAGCUACAGUGAGAAAAAACGGAGGGCCAUGCAAGUCACAGCAGGAUGUUGACAAAAUGCUGCUGCGUUUUGAUGGAAAACCCCGAGCUGAGAAACGCGAAGCAGUCCGUUGUGAGAUACUUUACCAGAAAAUGAUUCUGAACAACACAGACCCAAACUUGGAUUGUGUUUUCCACAACAGCACACACAUGGUGUUGAAGCUGAAGCUCGCACUUCCUCGUGUUAAACCUGGGUACUCUCUUGUUUGGGCGCCUAGAAAGACGAAAGCAAAGCCUGUGGUCCAAGACGCAGCAGAUGCUGCAAAUGAUCAGAGUGAAAGCAGCCGCACAUGAGAGCUUUCAUUGCAUCUAUAAAGUGCGAUAUUGAGGGAUAGAGGAUGAUAAAUGACUUUGAAAUUGUGUUAACAUGUGACUUUGUCAUAUGAUUCUAACAAACUAAGCAGAAAUACACACAAUGACCUCAAUCUUUCCACACUAAUAUUUUAUAUAUAUAUGCCAGAUACAGCCGUCAUAUUUGUGUUACAUACUGUGUUUUCAAUGCCAAUCGUUGAAAUGAUAAGGUUUGAUUUUGUGGCUCUUGAUAUGAAAUAAUUAGCUGAUUUGCAUGGUGCUGUAUUGUAACAGUGCUUUUAUAGAAAGUGAACUUUUUUGUUUCUGAGAAGGAAACUUGUUGUUUUUAUAUGAGAUUGUACCCAUUGUGAUCAUGCAGAGGUCAGUCAAUAAUCACUGCUGACUUAAAAGAUGUUAUAUGAACCACUGUCAAAAUAAACAUCUUUGUUCAUA